CGUCCCCCAUCCCCACCCCGGCGUCCUCCCCCGACCCCCCGACCCAGCUCUCCGGCCUCGGAGGCUGUGACAAUGGACUAUGACUUUAAAGUGAAGCUGAGCAGCGAGCGGGAGCGGGUCGAGGACCUGUUUGAAUACGAGGGCUGCAAAGUUGGCCGAGGCACUUACGGUCACGUCUACAAAGCCAAGAGGAAAGAUGGGAAGGAUGAUAAAGACUACGCUUUAAAACAAAUAGAAGGAACUGGGAUCUCUAUGUCAGCAUGCAGAGAAAUAGCGUUACUUCGAGAGUUAAAGCAUCCGAAUGUCAUCUCUCUUCAAAAGGUGUUUUUGUCUCAUGCUGAUAGGAAAGUAUGGCUUCUGUUUGACUAUGCCGAACAUGAUCUCUGGCAUAUAAUCAAGUUUCACAGAGCUUCAAAAGCAAACAAGAAGCCAGUUCAAUUACCUCGGGGAAUGGUGAAGUCACUGUUAUAUCAGAUCCUAGAUGGCAUUCAUUACCUGCAUGCUAACUGGGUGUUGCACAGGGAUUUGAAACCUGCUAAUAUUUUAGUUAUGGGUGAAGGUCCUGAGCGAGGAAGAGUAAAAAUUGCUGAUAUGGGCUUUGCCCGUUUAUUUAAUUCACCUUUGAAGCCUUUAGCAGAUUUGGAUCCAGUGGUUGUAACAUUCUGGUAUCGUGCCCCAGAACUGCUUCUUGGAGCAAGACAUUAUACCAAAGCUAUUGAUAUUUGGGCUAUAGGGUGUAUAUUUGCAGAACUACUAACGUCAGAACCAAUAUUUCACUGUCGACAAGAGGACAUCAAAACUAGUAACCCUUACCACCAUGACCAGCUGGACAGAAUAUUCAAUGUAAUGGGAUUCCCUGCAGAUAAAGAUUGGGAAGAUAUAAAAAAGAUGCCUGAACAUUCAACAUUAAUGAAAGAUUUCAGAAGAAAUACGUAUACCAACUGCAGCCUUAUCAAGUAUAUGGAGAAACAUAAAGUUAAACCAGAUAGUAAAGCAUUCCACUUGCUUCAAAAAUUGCUUACUAUGGACCCAAUAAAGCGAAUUACCUCAGAACAGGCUAUGCAGGAUCCCUAUUUUCUGGAAGACCCACUUCCUACAUCAGAUGUUUUUGCUGGUUGUCAAAUCCCUUACCCCAAACGAGAAUUUUUAACAGAAGAAGAACCUGAUGACAAAGGCGACAAAAAGAACCAGCAGCAGCAGCAGGGCAAUAACCACACCAACGGAACGGGCCACCCAGGGAACCAGGAGAGCAGUCACACACAGGGACCCCCUCUGAAAAAAGUGAGAGUUGUUCCUCCUACCACUACCUCAGGCGGACUCAUCAUGACCUCAGACUAUCAGCGUUCCAAUCCACAUGCUGCCUAUCCCAACCCUGGACCAAGCACAUCACAGCCCCAGAGCAGCAUGGGGUACUCAGCUACCUCCCAGCAGCCUCCACAGUACUCACAUCAGACACAUCGGUACUGAGCUGCGUCGGAAUCUUGUCAUUGCACUGUUGCUAAUGCUGCAGGGCUGACUGUGCAGCUCUCCGCGGGAACCUGGCAUGGGCCGUGAGAAUGUACUGUACAACCACAUCUUCAAAAUGUCCAAUAGCCAAGUUCCACCACUUUUCACAGAUUGGAGUAGUGGCUUCCAAGUUGUACCUAUUUUGGAGUUAGGCUUGAAAAGAAAGUGCUAGCACAGUU